GCUUUGCAUGAGACACGUGAUUUUGCUUCCGGCAAAUCAGAAAGCGAACAAAUGUACUAAUCUCAGUUACGGUAACUUAAAAUGUAACAAAAAAUGUUAAAAAUAAAGAGAUCAAUAGCUGAUUAUUUUACAACUUGUUAUACGAAAAUUAAACAGCCAUAUUCAUCAUUUCAUGACUUGCGACUGCAUAUAUUGCAUUCCAUCAUAUUCAGUAGAUCAUCUCUCAGCGUUCCAGAGAGCAAAACUCAAUAGCAAGCACGACGUUUAAAACCGAGCGACGUUCUCGGUGGAAAAUUAGCUAGAAAGAUAGAUUGGCAUUAGAUUAGCUCACUCCCUUCCCUCUAAAACGAAACCUGAAGCUAGCUGCAAGCAAACUCUGCAUCAAUAGUACAAACCAGUCACAGAUCGCACGAUCGCUUCGAUCACUCGCAGCCUGUCGGCUCAACGCUAACACCAAACUGGGGUGGUAGAUUUUCUACAAACGGCGAGCUGAAAGGAACAUCUCAGUUGAAAAUUGGAUUACUCAGUCCAGUCUAGUUAUUCGGAAAACCUGCUAACUCGAACACCGCCAGUGAACGCUGCGAUAAAAGCAACCCCCAUUUGAAGGCCGCUCCCGCGUGCAAACACUCGCACGAAAGGCGCCCGACAAGUGCACAGCUUUUCUUCAGUUGCAUAAAUGACUUCAACGUGUGUGUAGGUGACGAGCGUGCGUGGAGGGCGAGAAAAUAGUUUCAGCUGGAAAAUUUACCCCGUCAUGGCUGCGGUCGAUGUGGAUGAAAUGGAGCAGGGCUCUGCGCAGCAGAAGCUGCUUUCCCGAAUGGCUCUGGAAUUUACCAACAUUAGCUUUCGGGGCGAGCUGAAAGGUGACAAGCGUAAAACGAUUCUGGAUAAUGUUUCCGGACGCUUCUCACCCGGACGACUGACGGCGAUUCUUGGACCCUCCGGAGCUGGAAAGUCAUCACUACUGAACAUUCUGUCAGGUUUCAAAAAACAUGGCGUAAUCGGCUCCGUCAUGGUGAAUGGCGAAUCGUUGAGUGACGAAGCAUUCCACAACAAGUGCGUUUAUAUCCCGCAGGACUUCGAUUUGCUCGAGCACUUGACGGUGGUGGAGAUUUUGAACUUCGCUGCCGAGCUGAAGAUGAGCAGUUCGAGUUCGGAAAUGGUUCGCAAGAAAAAAGUAAACGACAUUAUCGAAGUGCUUGGACUGCGCCGUAGCAUGGUGACUCUGGUGAAACGUUUAUCCGGUGGCGAACGGAAACGGCUUUCGAUCGGUAUGGAGCUGAUCACGAAUCCUCCCAUCAUCCUGCUGGAUGAACCGACCAGCGGUUUGGAUAGUGUUUCUGCGUUGCAACUCGUGAGCUACAUUAAAUCGCUAGCCGCCGAGGGACGCACGAUCGUCUGCGUGAUUCAUCAGCCGGCGUCUAACUUGUUUCAACUGUUCGAUGAUUUGUUUCUGCUGUCUGCUGGUAAGUGCAUCUACAGCGGACCGAUCAGCGCAAUGGUAGCCAGCUUCGCAGAAGCUGGCUUCGAUUGUCCGAGGUACUACAAUCGAGCGGAUUUCGCUUUAGAGGUGGCAUCUGUGACAAACUCGGCCGGAAUCGAUCAGCUAGUAACGAAAUUCAACAAUUCAGACGUAACUGCCCGAAGAUCCAUUGGUGAGGAAUUUACCGGCACCGGUGGUGCUCCGUACCGAAAUACUUGCCUAACUGUCAGGUCCCGCCAGAAAUAUCCUAUUUCUCAGUGGAAACAAUUCUCCGUUCUACUGCGUAGAUCGCUACGAUCGACGUCGCGAGAUUUUUUUUUCGCCCAAUUGCGGGUCAUCGCUCACAUCGUCGUUGGCAUUUUGUUGGGGGUCGUCUUCUACGAUUCCGGUAAGGAUGCUUCCUCUGUGAUGACCAACACUGCUGGUAUCUUUUUCUUCAACAUUUUCAUCUUCUACGGCAACUCAAUGCCAUGUACAAUCACAUUUCCCCUAGAAGCCAAAGCGUUCGUUCGAGAGCAUCUCAACAAUUGGUACUCCCUGGAAGCUUACUACCUGGCUAAAAUCUUCGCCGAUCUGCCUCUGCAGUUCAUCUGCCCAACACUGUUUGUGCUAAUUUCCUUCUUCCUAACGGGUCAACCAAUGGAACCGCUCCGGUUUGGCAUGUUUUGGACCAUGUGCCUGCUGUUGGGCAUUUUCGCCCAAACCGUCGGCCUUCUCUCGGGAGCCGCGUUCGACGUUCAGAUGGCAACGUUUUUUGUGCCAUGCCUCAGCAUUCCCGCCAUGCUGUUUUCCGGCUUCUUUGUGAAGUCCUACGAAAUGCCCGAGUUUCUACAGCCGCUGGCGUACACUUCGUACUUUCGCUACAGUAUGCAAGGGUCGCUACAGGGAAUCUACGGCUACAACAGGACGGAUUUCCCCUGCUCGCAAAUUAUGUGCUACUACAAUCGGCCAGCGAAGUUUCUCAAAUUUAUGGACACUCCGGAGGAAGGCAUAGAGAGGAACAUUGUUGCCAUGUUGGGUUUCAUCGUGCUUUUCCAGGUGCUGCUUUACAUUUCUCUUCGCCGCAGGUUGAAGAUUUUUCACUGAUAAAAAUACUGGUGCUUAUUUGUAACAAUAAAAAAUUUACGCUUAGCUAAUUUAUUU